UGAUAUUUUUCUUUCUAUUAAUUCUCCUCGGGAAAGUGAGAUAGUUAAAAGAAGAAAAAAGAAAAACAAAACUGUGUCGUUUCACAUGUAUAAUCAUAAUAUACAAAAGAAAAAACGAGAAAAAGAUUUUACCUUUCCGUGCAGAGAAACCAUAAAUGAUAGGGGACCUAUGCCUUUCUUUGUUCAUUUUGGAAAGCUCUAACUGUUGUUUGUUUGCUGCCAUUUUUUUUGUUUAAAGAUUAUUAUUAUUAAUGUUAAUUUUGUAGUACAUGGGUAAAAACUAGUGAGAUGAGAACUGCGUUUGUUGUCUUUUUUUUUUGUUGGUAGAUAGAUUUAUUGAGCUUAUUGAUUGGCGAUUGUUUUUUUUUUAAAAAAAAAACUUUUGUUUUUGUUGUUAUUAAUUUUAUGAGGUUUAGAACAUGGUUGUUGGGAAAAGUGAUUAAUAAUUGAUUUAUGGUUUAAAUUUUUUUUUUCCUUUAGAAAAAAAGAAGAAAGGAAAAACAGAUUUGUCUGUUGAUGAAUGAAUGAAUGUGGGUCUUAAUCAAGGGCCUACUUCUCUGAUUUAGCCCAAGCAGGAUUUAAUGAGAAUUAUUGCAGUUGAAGGCUUUUCUUCUUAGUACGGAUGGAUCAAUCUAUCUUUUGAUGGUAAAAGGUGAAACAUUUCCUAUAGUUAGUUCUUGCCAAGAUAUAAUUGGAGAGAGAGAGACAGAGAUUGUAAUAACGGUAAAAAAGAUAAAAUUCUUGCAAGAAUUUGACCGUAGCUACUACAAAGUAGUGCUGCAGGGAAUUGGGAAACAGUUUUUUACUUUGGAUUAAACGUGUGGAUUGGCUUUUCUUUACUUUUCUUAUCUAUGAAUGGUGGAGAAGAGAGUUUAUUUUGUUAGGUAGUCAAGUUAUGAAAGAAAGUGAAGCUUUUGUAUGAUCAAUGUCUUGAGGCUGUGGACAUCUACAAGAUCACACAUCAACAUAGUUCUUGGAUUCAAAUCUGGAGCAAGUAGAUCGGAUAUUAUUCUUUUCAAGGGUGGGAAAUGAAGAUCGGUUCUGCAAAUUUUAGUCAAAGAGAAAUGGCCAAUCCUCGGAUUUAGUGAAAUUUAAAGGAUCUGGAAUCCUGUUGCUUUUAUAUUUAUUGAGGGUAAUUUGUGAAGUUAUUCUAUGAGUUCCCUCUCACUGAUGGAGUGGAAUACAAAGCCCCCCAUACAGUGGGACUGGGAGAACCUGAUAAUGUUUAAUACAACAACUGAAAAUCCGAAAAAGUUGAGAGUGACAGAAUGGGAAAUUGAUGGAGAGAAAGGAAUUGAUUCGGGGUCUAUAUAUUCAUCUGGGAGUGGCAGUGGUAGCGGUAGUGGUGGUUCUGGUUCUGAUUUGGGACUUGCUUCUUUAUCUAAGAGCUCAAAGUCAGCUUCCAUAAAUUCUUCUUCCAUUGGGGAAGUGAAAACAUCCAAUUUUACAUUCGAGGCAUCUGAAGCCACAGAAGAUUUCAACAAUAAGAAAGCAUUCACAGCAAAGCCAACCGGUACUUCUUCUACUAUUGAAGCUUCAGUUGGCUCUGGUGAGCCUUUGCUGGGUUUAAAGCUUGGUAAACGGACAUACUUUGAAGAUGUUUGUGCAGGCAGCAAUAUUAAGAGUUCAUCAUUUUCUUCAGCCAUUCCUGGGUCUUCUAUCUCUCCUCCGAAGAGAUCCAAGUCCAGUAGUCAGGCUUCAUCCACCCCACGCUGUCAAGUAGAAGGCUGUAAUCUUGACCUCUCAUCAGCUAAAGAUUACCAUCGUAAACAUAGAGUGUGUGAAAAUCAUUCGAAGUGCCCAAAGGUCAUUGUAGCUGGUUUGGAACGCAGGUUUUGCCAGCAAUGCAGCAGGUUCCAUGGUUUGUCAGAGUUUGAUGAAAAGAAGCGAAGCUGCCGCAGGCGUCUUUCUGAUCACAAUGCAAGGCGUCGCAAACCACAGCCUGAGUCGAUCCAAAUGAAUUCUGCAAGACUCUCUUCAUCAUCAUAUGAUGAGAGGCCACAUAUGAGUCUUGUCUGGAACAGGGCUCCACUUGUCCAUGCCAGGGCUAAUGCUAAUUUGGCAUGGGAAGGCACAUCCAGCUCCAAGUUCACGAUAACGAAAGAGUAUGUCCUGAAGCCUGCUAAAAUAGGAGGUAUUGAUGGACAGCUGCAUUUGCCUGCUAAUGAGCUGACAACUUCUAUUCCCUUGCAUCCUCAUAAUUGCAAGAGCUUGUUGCCAUCCAAGGCCAAGGUCCCCAUAGCUGAGGUUCUCAACCAAGAUUUAGAAGAAUCAAUUAUCUCGUCCAAUGUGGAUGCCACACAGGAUCUUCAUCGUGCUCUCUCUCUUCUGUCAACUAACUCGUGGGGUUCAUGUGAGCCUAAAUCCUUUUCACAUGAGCGGCCUGCCCAAUUGAGCCAUACAGGCAUGCCCCAGUCUGUGCUGCACGCUGUGCCCCAAGGCUUGCCACUUACCUCGUCAGAUUACUGGAGGGCUGAACAGCACAUUACAAACUCUCGAGUCCACACCUUGACUUCGCAAAAUGAUAGCAGCAGUUACUUCCAAGAGUUCCAACUAUUAAGAGCACCAUAUGAUAAUGACUUCUACUCUAGUCAGUUGAACUGAAUGCUCAAAAUUCAAUAAUCAUUUUCGUUCUGAUAAGCUCACUUCCGAAGGCAGGUCCAUAACUCAUUCAUUAUCUAGCUUAGUCACACGGUUGGAUUUUAUUUUCUUGCUUUCAUGUUUCAUAAUUCUAUUCUAAUGUUUGAUGAUUGAUAUACAUCAAGUGUCCUGCAAGAGGCAUAAAUAACUCGUAUAGAUCAUUGAAAUCAUGUGGCACUGGAGUAAGAAAAAUGCAUAUGUAGUUUCUUGAACAUUAGUCUCGUUUUCUGAAAUUAGUCUAUUUGGAUAAAUCAUUUAAUCUAUGAUGAAAUUUCUAUCUCACUACUAACAUGCUGUAAUGUGCUUGAUUACUGUUUGCUGUUCCAGGAGCUUCAAAUUUCAGAGCAAGUGAUUAUGAGCUCCAAGAUGUUCUCCUAAAUUAUUAUUAUUGAGGUUUGCAAGGUUGCAAGUUUAAAAAUAUUUGUCAGGUUUAUGGUUGCUAAUUAGUACUAGGAGGUUAGAAAGUGUAUUGUAACAACUUCUGAAAAUCAGAAAUGAUUAAAACAAUCAAUUAUCUGUUCCUUUUUAUUA